CAUGUACAUGAGGGACUUUCCCUUGAGCUAGCCAGCUACAAUACAAGCAAGUAUGGAGAGAAAUAAAGUCUACAGAGAGCUAGCUGCUGUGUCCCCCGAGGCCCUCCCGGCUAAACUACACAGCCUGCUAGCAGACAGUGCCAUCCAAGUAUUUCAUAGGGGCAGAUCUGACCAGAACUCGGCCCCAAGUGAUGAGCUAGUAGCAGAGCACCUCACUCUUCCCCUGCAAUGGCUACUCUGUGCUGGAGACCCGGCAACCAUCUUUGCUGGACUGGAACAGAGCAAGAGUCCCUCAGGGUUCUGUGGCAAAGUAUUCAAAAGUGGCGAACCAGCUUAUUUUUGCAAGGACUGUCAAACAGACCCCACCUGUUGCCUGUGCAUGGAGUGCUUUGAACACAGCGAGCACAAGAACCACCGUUACCGGGUGAGUGUUGAAAAAUUCUUUGCAUCUGGAGGAGGUGGUUGCUGUGACUGUGGAGACCCUGAGGCAUGGAAGUCAGACGUGUACUGUGACCUCCACCAGCCCACUCAACAGCUGGAUGAUCAGGAAGAUCCAGUGGCAGCAUUGUCCUCUGACCUUGCUGAGAGGGCGUGGCACUUCCUGUCCACCCUCCUCUCGUACUGCAUGAACAUUAUGACGUGGACUGGACCAGAGAAACUGCCUCCCUCCCUAAUCACUGGCCUCACUGCUCAAAGUCUCCAGAAGGAUGCAGCUCAGAUGUUCCUGGAAAACGAUGAAAUUCAUUCAUUUGAUGAGGUCAUUCAUACCCUCGUACACAGUGUGGGGCUGACACACACGGGGGCUGUGUCCAUGGCAACACACGUAGACAGGAAGGGACGAGCAGUUGUACAGUGUGGCACUGAGGCAGAAUGCACUAGAGUACGUGAAGCCCUCAAUGCAAACCUUGCCAACAACCCCCUCAAGGUGACUGUCCUUCACGAGGCUGUGGUGGCACACCAGAACACGGCCAUCCUCUGUCUCAGUAUUGCCAAGGACCUAUCAGAGCGAUCCCCUGCCUUCAGUCGACUGCUCUCCAUGAGCUUGUGUGAGGGAGGGCUACAGUCUCACGAGUCACUACUGGACAAGUUCUUCAUCUCUGACAGUCAGCUCUGGAUCAAUGCUCGUGUAGCGUGGCAUCGCCUGGUCAUGAGCUCCGUCUUCAUGGACCCAGUGUAUAAGAAACAGCUGGCCAUCAUCCUAGCCAACAACUACACCACGCUACAGAGGAACUUCCUGGCUGACUCACAGGACCAUGACGUCUGUGCAACAAACAUCACGGUGCAGAUUUUCACAGUUCCAUCUCUGAGCCGUAUGCUUGUACUGGAGCAUGGACUACUCAAGACUAUUCUAAGCACAUUGCUAGAGCUGUUGCGCCCGUGUGUAGACUGCACCCCUCCCACACCCACUUACAAGUUUGAUUCAAGCAACUACAAACACAAUCGACUCUUCUAUCUCAUGCACGAUCUUAGGUACGUGUUGCGUAACACCCCGGAGAACUGGACUGACCAGUUGAGGAAGAGAGUGUUGGAAGCAUUCGACUGUGUACUGGAAAUGUUGGCACUCAUACAGAAUGCUGACGGAGUUAAGAGGCGUGCUCAGGGAUUACAUGUUGAGAGAGAGGAGCCAUGGGAACACUUGUUCAACUUCUCUAUAGUCCUCCAACCAUCACUCCUCCUGCUAGUGGAGUGGAUGAGCAGUGAUGAGGCAGUGCUGAAGGAAGCUGUCAUGGCCACCCUCCAGAAGCACAUCACUGAGGGAGGGAGGAAAAAACUCUCAUUCAAGUCCCACACUUGCUCACAGGAGCUGUUGGGACGGAGGACGGUCGAGUUAGUCCCAUUCGAUAUUGUCAAGGACGAGGUCUCUAUUCACCAACCUCUGCCCCGGAUCAUCGCCUGUCUAAUGACAGGAGCUGCCGCCCACGGACUCUCUAUUGAACAGCUGUUAUCUCUGAACCCCUCCGACACCCGAACCCCCCUCUUCCUGAUGGAGCACUGCUCUCGCUCGGUUGUCAUGGCGAUCCAGGUGAUGGCGGGCAUGUGGAAGCGUAACGGCUAUUCUGUUGUCAAUCAGAUCAUCAACUACCAGUUCCAUUACUCUAGGGAAAUUAUGUACGACAAGGAUAUCCUUAUGUUACAGUGUAUGGCUUCAGUGAUGGACCUCAACGUGUUCACUUAUGCUCUUAUUUACAAGUUCAGGCUUGAGAAAUGGAUCAACAGCCCUAACAGUGACCCCACUCAGAGGGACGGAGAGCCGGCUGAUGAUGCUCUGAGGUUCUUCAUCAGUGAGGCUGAGGACUUCCUUUUCCUACUCAUCACUAUAUUCACUGAGCGUCACUCUGAGGGGGUGGGUGUGGGCGUGUCACGAGUGAAUGCCCUCAGGCGUGAGAUCAUUCAUCGUCUCUUCAUCAAUCCUCUCAUCCACUCUCAGAUCAUCAAGCUCUUUAGAUUGAACGAGAAUGAGAACCAGAUUGACCAGACCUUGAAGGAGGUCGCAGUUCAAAAGCGGGUGGGUAACAAGACACUAUUUGAGCUAAAUCCAGAACUGGAGAGCGAGUAUGAUCCGUUCUACUUCCAUUACAACAGGAUGGAUCACUCUAAGGCACACGAGGCGUAUCGGAAGAGACACAAGCCGCCCAGUGGAGGAGUGCGGCAGAUCAUACCAACGCCCCCUCAACGCCCACCUCCCUUCACGCCCCCGUUCCAGGGUAUCAUGCGCUUCACGCAGUGUCAGGUCGUUCAUCGUGUGCUACUCUGCGUACUCAAGCAAGCCGCACUUCAAACUUCAAAGUUCUGGUCCGACAAACUCAUACACGAAGCUCUGUACCUCCUCGCAGUGAUGAUGAUGGAAGAAGACCCCGCCCACCCACAAUCACUACGUAAUAUUGCCCUCGGACGUACAGGAGACGCUGCAUUGUUGGGUCACUUGGAGGCGCUCAAAGUUAAUCGCCGUGCCGACGAAUAUCUCCCCCUCCUUGAGUGGAUAUUACAGUAUUUGACCACACCCACCGGAUCUGAUCCGCCUCAUGUUGCUAUGGAUACCACAGACUCGGAGCCCGUUGUUGCCACGCCCCCAGCUACUCUUACUGACCCAUCGAUUGAUGAGGAGGCUAUAAGGAAAAGGAAGAAACUGGCGGAGGCCAAGCGUACUUUACUCAUGUCUCAGAUGGCAAAAAUGCAGAGGAACUUUCUGAGGGAGCACGGAGCAGAGCUAGCCACCAUCAACAUUGGGGGAUCCAGUGUAAUUGGAGAGGACUUGAACGAUGCUCUUCCUGCCAGUUGUGGGGUGGGUGUGGUCUCCCGUGUUGACCACACACCCUCUACUCAAGAGGCUACGUGUAUCCUGUGUCAGGAGGAGACUAAGGAUAUCGGGUUGUCAGACAAACUAUUAGUACAAGCUGUGUACGUGCAGAGAUCAGCUGUACUGCGUAGGGGGGAGCCCCUGGACAAGCCCAUAGGAGAGGAUUUUUUGCUGUCUCGAGCCAAUGUUCCUCACGGCUUGUUCACUGGUGGGUGUGGUCACUACAUGCACGCUGACUGCUGGACCGGUUUCCUGGAGAGCAAGCAACGGGAAAGACGGGGGCAGCAUCACUUCUUUCUUCUCCCUGGUCGAUCUGUCCAGCUGGAGAAGGGAGAGUUCUUGUGCCCACUCUGUCAGAGCCCGUGCAACACUGUACUGCCGCUACUGAUACCACGCCCACUGACCACACCCCCUAGACGGCCGGCCAAUGAGAUAAGCCCGGCUGAGUGGAUUGAUCUGGUACAGAUGGCCACUGACUUGGCUGACGGAGACCACAUGGACACCAACUCGUCCAGUGUGGACCCAACCUUCCAUGACAGAGCUCUUCACUACUUCCCCUCGUACCAGAGGCCACGCCCAUCAGGGGGGGAGAGUGCGGAGACUCAGGCAGUCAAACUGUUCAAUGUCAUUGUUAGUCUGUUCUCACAGUCUGUCUUCACGAAAGAGUACCAGCUCCUAGCUGAUGUGAGUGAUCCCAGAGUGUGUGUUGCUCAGUGGACCACCUGUGCCUACACCAUCGCCAGUCUCGAACGCAAUGCUCGUGCCCUGGACAAGUUUCUGUUGCAAGCUGGCACACUCUCCACUAGACAGAUGGACACUGUCAAGUCACUGGUUAGACUGGGCUCUCUACUCAUGCUAGCUUCUCCCCUUAACAUCCUGGCAAAGUACGUCAGGAGUCUGACCAACGUGUUGCUACAAGUUGACACGCCCCCUUUCCCCGAGCUUCCCUGUGUGCUUGAGUUGGAUACGUUUGGCAUCCUUGUCAGUCUCCACUACGCCCACUCCACUCUCUACACAGCCCUCACAGCUCCACCAGGCUCACAGACUGUGAAUGGUGUGAUACCAGCCCUAGAGGGAAUAACUGAUCAACACCUCAUCCGGAUCACAGCAGCUGCACAGAUUCUACAGCACCUUCUCGGCACACCCCCGCCCCCUCAUACGGACACACCGGAACGUUCAGGGUCUUCCCCCGAGUUCCUAGUGGGAAUGGGCUUGCAGGAGGUCUGGCUGAAAUACAGGAAGAUAGCAGGACUGCCCUGUUCCCCUGCCCCCAGCCCCUACGACCUGUACGCUGGUGUUCAGCAACACCUCUACCCUUUCCUUGAGUCAGCUACUCUCUUCUUCCAUUGUCUCUCCGGGGUGGAGCUCGUGUACUCAUCAGACUCGGUGGCCACUCGAUUUGAGGACCUUUGUCGUUAUUUGAGCAUUCCCGUCUCCUUAUUCAAACUGUUUGAUGAAGCCACACCCACUGGCAAGCCUGCAAACAUUAUUCCAAAACUAGCCAGCAAUUGGUGUACCCACCCUAAGAUAAGAGCUCUCCUGGCCACACCUCCUGUAAUGGCCACACCCCCUGUAUCGCUAGUGUCACCACGGGCAACUGUGGAGCUCCCCAAACGGUUUUCAGAUCUUGUCAAGUUGGCAUCUUCUUUCCUAUGUCCGUCUCGUGUGAGCAGUGAGGCUGUGGAGGACAGUCAGACGACCAUGAUGUGCUUGGUGUGUGGGACCAUGAUCUGUGCUAACUCUUACUGCUGUCAGAGUGAGGUGACGCGUCUAGAGGGGGGUGUGGUCAGGGUCGGAGGGUUUAACAAACAUGCACGAAGCUGUGGUGCUGGUCUGGGUAUGGCACUGUGGAUCUUAGAGGCUAGAGUGGUGUUACUGGACACUACUGACCCGACCAAUAUCAAUGGCUGUACAGUUACACCCCCGUACCUGGACGAGUAUGGAGAGGCUGACCCUGGACUCAGGCGUGGCAACCCGCUCCACCUCAAUGAGGAUAUUUACCAGGAGAUUCGUCAGCUAUGGUUCCAUCAUCGCAUCCCUGAGAGGAUCUCCAAGGAGGCUGAGGAUAAUAAUGGCCUCUUGCGCAUCACAUGGGCAAGCAUGUGACACUGUCAUUUGACUGAACUAAUUGAUAGUAUGCAUAAUUAGAGUGUGUGUAUUUUCUAUAUUUAAUGUAAAUUGCACUAAAAAUUUAUUAUUAUUGUAUUAUAAUUUAUUUUAAUUAUAGUGACAUUAUAGUCAUUGUUCAAUUGGCUACGA